ACCAACACAAAGUACUCUUGUAGUUGACUUCAAUUUUUCCAAGUCUUCCAUUUACCACAAAUAACUCCAUUCCCCGCCAUUACCAUACACUUUCCAUACAUACCCACACGCUCUUCAUCGCUAUACUCACCCAUAACCAUGGGGAUCACAGACUUUUUUUCCGGAGAAAUCGCUACUGAACUCCUUAAACAACUCAUCGCAAUCGCUCGUAAAUCAACUCUUUGUAAAUCAAGUGCUGAAGAACUCAUUCAUCACAUCAAUGAAGUCCUCCCUAUCAUCCAAGAAAUCAAGUAUUCCGGCGUUGAAUUACCUCAAUUUCGUCAAAAUCAGCUCGAUCAAUUUUCUGAAAUUCUUCGGUCUGGGAUCCAGCUAUCCAACAAGGUUAUCGCAUCCAAUCGAUGGAAUGUUUACAAGAAUCUGCAGUUAGCGAGGAAGAUGGAGAAGCUUGAGAAGAGAGUUGCUAGGUUUGUUCAAGGUCCUAUGCAAGCUCAUGUUUUAGCCGAUGUUCAUCAUCUUAGGUUUGAUACUGUGGAAAGGUUUGAUCGGCUUGAUGGAUCGACUCAUCGGAUUGAAAAGCAACUCGAGUCGAUGAAGAUUGAUGGUGGGUGGGUUAUGGAGGAGAUGAAGAGAGUGGAGGAAUUAGAGGGGAUGAUGGUUGAUGAUGGGAUUGGGGAUUUUGGGGUGUGUUUGGAAGUGGGUGUUAGGAAAGUUAAAGAAAUGGUGAUGGAAAAAGGUGAUGGUGUUUUUGGAAUUUGUGGGAUUGGUGGGAGUGGUAAAACUACUCUUGUUAAACAACUUUGUAAGGAUGAUCAACUCCAAUUGUACUUUAGCGACCGGAUUUUGUUCCUGACUGUAUCUCAGUCCCCUAAUGUAGAGGAAUUGAGAUCAAGGAUAUGGAGGUUUUUGUCGGAAACAGAGUAUAUAGAUACUAAUGCUGUGGUUCCACAAUGGAACCUUCAAUCGGGAUGGGCAUUUGAGACUCGCGCCCUUGUGGUUUUGGAUGACGUUUGGUCAUUAUCGGUGUUGGAGCAGCUUGUUGUCCGAGUGCCAGGAUGUAAAACCCUUGUAGUUUCAAGAUCAAAGUUUCCUAUUGUUGCUAAGCAAACUUAUGAGGUAGAAUUAUUGAACAAUAAUGAAGCUAUGGCUCUAUUUUGUCAUUCUGCUUUUGGGCAAAAAUCUGCCCCCAUUUGUGCUGACGAAAAGUUACUUGCUCAGAUUGUCAGUGAAUGCAAAGGGCUCCCUUUGGCCCUUAAAGUCAUUGGAGCAUCAUUACGAGGCCAACCCCAAAUGUUCUGGAUCAGUGCGAGGAACAGGCUUUCACGAGGUGAGCCUAUUGGUGAAUCUCACGAGCUUCAUUUGCUAAAGCGAAUGGAAACAAGUAUCUCUUACUUGCCGCAAAAGGUUAGGGAGUGUUUCCUGGAUUUGGCUUGCUUCCCCGAGGACAAGAAAAUCCCAUUAGAUGUUUUGGUAAAUAUUUGGGUUGAGAUCCAUGACAUUGACGAAGAAGAAGCUUUUGCUAUUCUUAUUGAGUUGUCGGAGAAGAAUCUUCUUACUAUGGUGAAAGAUGCAAGGGCCGGAGAUUUGUACAGUAGUUACUAUACCAUCUUUGUGAUGCAACACGAUGUACUGAGAGAUCUGGCUUUGCAUUUGAGCAAUUCGGGGAACAUAAAUCUUCGAAAACGAUUGCUAAUGUCACGAAGAGAAUCAAGCCUUCCGAAAGACUGGGAGAGGAACUCAGAUCAGCAAUUCAAUGCCCAAAUUGUCUCACUUCAUACAGGUGAAAUGAAGGAAAGAGAUUGGUUUGAUAUGGAUUUCCCAAAAGCUGAAGUACUUAUACUAAACUUCACCUCGAGCGAAUACUUUCUACCGCCUUUCAUAGCCAAGAUGUCAAGGCUUCGGGCAUUAAUCUUAAUCAACAAUAGCCCUUCACAUGCAAACCUUCUGAACCCAUCUGUAUUUGCUAAUAUGCCUAACCUAAGGAGUCUUUGGUUUGAAAAGAUUUCAUUUCCUGAGUUUUCAAAGAAUAGCUUACCAUUCGAGAAAUUGCACAAAAUGUCUCUCGUCUUGUGCAAAAUCGACAAUAGCGUUGAUCAGUCUGUCAUGAAAUUUUCAUCCAUUUUCCCAAAUCUUUCUGAACUCACACUAGAUCAUUGUAUAGACAUGGUGAAGCUGCCUAUGAGCGUAUCUGGACUUCGCAGACUAAUAAGUUUGAGCAUCACCAACUGCCAUAGCCUAAAAGAGCUACCUUACGAGCUGGGUACGCUUGAUUCGUUGAAAAUCCUGAGAUUAUAUGCAUGCCCGAACUUAAAAACUCUUCCCUCGGGGAUAUGCCAGCUUGUUUGUUUGAGGUAUCUCGAUAUAUCUCAAUGUGUCAAUUUGGCAUCUCUUCCGGAAAAUUUUGGUAGACUAACAAGAUUGGAAAAGGUCGACAUGCGAGAGUGUUCUUGCUUAACAACGUUGCCAGAAUCUGCAGCGUAUUUGCAAUCGUUACGACACGUUAUAUGUGACGAAGAGAUUUCAUGGAGUUGGAAGGAAAUGGAAAUGAAUAUUCCUGGACUCCGGGUUCAGGUUGCUGAGCAAUGUUUUGAUCUAGAUUGGUUGAUAGAUUAAAUCGUAUUCAUUAUGUUUUACGUCAUUUUGAUUUCAAUGUCAAUAGUCAAAAUCUAGCUGGCUUCCCUUAGGUUAAUUUUUCCUCAUUGAGAUUCAAUAAUUUAGUAGAUCCUUUAAUUUUCCUAGAUUUAAAUAUUUCAACACCAUUAAAUAAUUUAUUAUGCUUUAGUAAAA